AUGAUCACAAGGGAGCACCCCGAAAAAAGGGAAAAGGGCCCCAAGGAUCCUGCCUACACAGAAAGAAAGAAAAAAAAAAGGAGAAAAAAGUUCAACUACCAAGGAUGUAAGUAUCCAAACGAUUUAAAAAGUAGCCUCUACAACAUGUGCCUCAAUUUUGCAUACAGUGACAUCUAUCAAGACUACAUAAACAGAUUAAGUGUAAAUUGCCACAACAAUUGCGAUUAUGACCAAAUAAGGAGAAGCACUUUUAUACCUAGAGAGGAUUUUUUCAAGUAUUAUAAUUUCCCUUUUUACGACAACAACUUUGAGUUAGAAUCAGAACAAUCCUAUGAGGAUGAAAUUUGGGACGAUUCCGAUGAUCAUGUUAGUGGUUUGGAGGAGGUGGGGAAGUACGCUUUGGAGAGAUACGAUGCUUUGGGGUAUAAAUCCAGGACUAGUCGAAUAAAGAAUCUCAUACUUGGGGUGCCCGAUCAUAAAGGGGUUAUCCUAUCAAGGGGGAAAGGCUACCAUGGGGGGGACGGUGGUGGUGAUACUGUUUACCGAGGAAACCACGACGAUGACGCAGGAUCAAAAUCGUACGCCUCCCAACUCUUCCGAAUUAUCAGUCAAAGGAAAAAUUGCCAAUUGGUGAGUGACAACUACCGCAGCAGUGGCGAUAGGAGGGUGGGAAAAUUCCACAGGAGUCAAGAAAUGUUAAGCGAAUCGAUCAAAGGGGACACCAUCGGAGGGGAGAAAAGGGGGUGCCUCGAAAAAGUGAAGAGUCAAGUUCUCUCCUUUUGGAAGAAACUGUAUGACUCCAGGGAUCCCUCCUUCAUGGCCAGUUUGAACCUUUACUUUUUAAACUACCACGAUAUUGAUAAGAAAAAAAUAAAGAACGCUUAUAAUGAGGACUACAUAUGCAUGGUGCAGAAUUUGGCGGAGGCGCAAGGGGACCCCCUCGUUGAAAGAUAUUACAAGGGCGUCCACAUGGUGAAGAAGGAAGAAGUGAAGUAUCGCCAGAGGUACCUCCAAAGGGGCGCACACACCACACGGAGGGAGGAUCACUUCAAAGAAGAAAACCAAAUGCACGGACAGAUGAGGCAAAGUGUGGACGAAUUGGCAGAUGCGAAACAGGAGAAGUGGUCUCAAAGUAGCCAAAAAGGAGAAAACGAAAUCGGUAGCGCACUCUCUAAUCGGUUCAGUGAACAGUGCGGGAUGGAGCUCAAAGAGAAUAGAAAUGGAAGAAGAGUCGACAAAAAAGUGCGAUUAAGCGGAAAUUGGGAUAAAACCCCAGACGAGGAAGAGGAAGGAGCCAAUUCGAGAGAGCCCAAACGAAGUGCCAGCAAACACAUGAAACGACUCUGUUCAGAAGAAAUUGAGAUAUAUUUUAAAAAAGUUCUAAAAAACGAAAUUAUAAGUUUUAAUCAAAAAAGGAUUAAUAAGCGAGACAGAUGGACUUCGCUGUGUCAGUUUGUUUGCUCCUGCAUAGGUGCGUCGCUAACCGCGCAAUGCUACUUAGACUUGCCGCGAAUGACCUCGUCCCUUGAUUAUGCUCUUCUGCUGUUUCUGCUCCUGUUCUGCUACCUAUGUAUCGGUUUGCCGAUUCUUCAAAUGGAAUAUACCCUUGGUCAACUAUCGCAAGGGUGCAUAAUCAAUGGCUUAAGUUUCUUAAAAAAAAAGUACAGAGGAGUCGCAAUCUCUUCAAUGAUCAUAUCUUUUUGUAUACUAUCGAGAAGUGCUCAUGACACGGUGGACACUGCGAUUGUUGUUGUCUCCUCGGUGAGAAAAACUUUGCCUUGGAAUUUGAACCAAUGUGAAGGGAUCCCACUCAGGGGGGACUGCCUCCGGAAUGGGAAAUGCAUAUGGGUGACGGGUAAGAGGCGAAGGAAUGACCCCCUUAGAGGGAAUUCUCAAGAAAUAUUAUUCUAUCCGGGCCAACGGUCUGCCAUUUUAGACACACAAAUGAGAAGUGAACGGAAGGGGUUCAUCCUGAGUGAAAUUCCUCCCGCGGGGGAUCACUGCAAAUCUGAUGCCACUUCUGAGUGGUACCAUUUCUUCUCCAAAGAAGUAAAAUUAGCUUGGAAAAUCGGGGCGCUCUUCCUAAUCACACUCACUCUCUAUUUCCUGCUAAGGGUAGAGGGUAUGUGUUUAACUCAAUUCCUGCAGUAUAUAUUCUUCCUCUUCUUCCUUGUAGCGCUUUGUCAAAUAUUUGUUCUUUCCUACGAAUUGAAGUCAAACAAGUGGGUUUCCAUCAAUGGAGAGGGGACCCACCCUAAAGAUGGGCAUACCAAUGGCAGUAUCUUUUUCAACACGGACUAUUUCCUUUACCUAAACUUCGAAGUAGUGGCAAAAGUAUGUACCCUCGUAUUGGUGUCUCUAAAUUGCAGUACAGGAAUUAACUACCUGUUUUCGUCCUAUAGUAAUAUCGGGGAUAACCUUUUUGUGUCUGCGUGGUAUGUCGUGUUGGGCUCCUUCAUCGGGAUGGUUAUACACAUUGUACAUUACUACGUGUGUGUAGAACUGCUGAGUAGUGUUCCCACUGGGAGAAGAACCCUGGAGAUAAUGAUACCACAAACGUAUGAUGGAUCACCUGAGGGGAUUUGCUCUCUUUACGAUUUGUUUUCCAAAAAAGGAGACCCAAUUAACAAUUUCCUCGUUUAUAUGGCUUCCUUAUCAAGAGUGAACUUCCAAAAUAUGAUGAGCUUCACCUAUUUCUUGUGUUCUUUGCUAGCUCUGCUCACAUCCUCUGCUCUCCAUUUGAAGGGGCUAAUAAUGGUGCUAAAGGAAAGUAGAAAGUUUAAAGGCAUCAAAAAGAAGGUUAUCACCCUGUUUGUAAUUCUGGGGUAUUGCCUUUUGGGGCUCUUUUAUUUGUCUCCUUUUGGACACAACACAAAUUUGGUUAUGAAAUACGCCACUGCCAAUUUGAAUGUCAGACUGAGGGAGAAGUUCUACUUGCUCUACGUCCUUAACGUGGACAUUUUGCGGACAAGGUUCAACAAAAUUCUGUAUGGAAGAAGGAGGACUUACGAUUUGGAAAAAAAGGAAGAAUCUCCCUUUGGACUUCUCCUCUUCCAUAAGCUCACAAUUCAUUGGUGUCUCUUAACGAAGUUUUUCAUCCCCCAGAUUUUACUCACCAUCGUCUUGAGCAACGUCCUGUACAAUGUACAUAUUUGUCUCGACAGGAGGACCACCGUUGUGGGAGUCCACUCCUCUAAUCAGUACGGGCGCUUCGCACAGGACGAAUCAGCUGCCCAUUCAUACCUACGAACCGCCUCAAAUGGUAAAGAUGGAUUUGCCAAUUUGGAUGCCUUUUCAAGCGGAGCCUCAAUGGGGGAGGGGAGAACCCCCAAAGGGGGAAUCACCUUCGAUGAGACAUACCAAAAUGUAUUCACAAACAUGGCACGAAAGGGAGCAACACAGAAUAGGGAGGACACAAAAUUGGAGAGCUGUUUUGGCGCCUGUGCACACCUGACUGCUACGAUAGCAGCAAUAUUACUCAUCCUCCUCAUUUCGCUCCUCACCUUUGUAAGGCCAAACAAAAUGAACUGCCUUGCGUGUGCCCCCACCAACACCUGGAUCAUUAGUGACGUGGACUUUAAGCGAAUGAACCCCGCCAACUAUGCCUACACAAGGCGAAUACACUUUUUUGAAGAAAUUUUCCCCAUCGAGAGAAUUAUGCCUGCCUAUGUCUGGACGCACAUAAAGAGAGAGAUAGAGAGGGGCAAACCAGUUACAUCAUUACACCGGGAUGACCAAACAGACGAAACGAUACAUGACAAGAGCUUUUCUUACUUAAACAGAAGUGACUUUGAAAAUUAUAUCUUCAGUUUAAUCGAUCGGGGAUUCAAAUUGAGCGACUUUUCAGGCAUAAAAGGGCAGCACUAUCACUAG